UUCAGGGCUGCAUGCCGGGAGGAGAGGCCGCCCCUGUCUGCAGAGAGAGGUCGCCCCACUUGAGGCAGAGAGGGGGCAGGGGCAGGAAUGAGCCCCUGGGAGGAGGGCAUUGGAAGUGGGAGGCACAUGCCAUGCAAGCUGGCGUGGGGCACUCAUGCCAUGCAAAAGGGGCUGCGGUGACUAGAACGGGUUUCCCGAGGGCUCCUGGGGAUGUUGGACCAGGGGUCCCCGACCAGGGCUGGGAAAGGCUUCCAUGCAGAGCCAGAGAGCACACGGCACAGACCCUGCGGGGCACACUGGAUCUUGGGGGCAGAGUCUCCCUUCUUGGGGUUCUCUGUGAUGGGUUUUGCAACCCUUUCAGGAUGUCAAAGCACGCCCCGCCCUCAGAAAUGCAGACCCCGGCCAGUGUCAGCCCCAGGAGGUGGCCUGCUGCUCCCGCUGACACCAAGGACACGUCCCUGAGGCGGCCCGCUCGGGGUCUCCAGCAGCCCACACAGCUCUACAGGCGCAAGGGCGCUUCUGACUUGCAGCACUCAGGAACAGCCUCCACCCUGAGCGUGGCGCCCUCUCCAGCACGUUCCAGGGUGGGCCUGUGAGACCAAUAAAAACCACAGCGGAGGUGAGGCGAGUCACUUAGGAGGCCAGGUCAUAAAGAGAGUGUGGCCGGGUCUGGGGCGCCCUCUCCUGCUGGUUCGAUUGGAUUGCAGGUCCGGGGGAAGCCGAGCAGCCCUGGGAGAAGGCCAGGUGGGGAGGAACUGAGGUCUCCUGCCGCAGCCUCCAGAGGGAGAAUCAUCACGAGGGCUCCCCACCCAGUCAGAUAGGAUGACUGGGCCCCGGUGGACACCUGACCGCAGCCUGAGAGGGACCCUGAGCCACAGUCCUGGCUCCCCGAGAGCCCUCCCAGAGCCUGUCCCUCAGAACCCUGGGGGGUGAGAGGAGCGCUAGGUGGGGAAGGACCGAAACGUGGAGUCGUCUGUUACCCAGCAGUCGGAACUGGUGCUCAGCGUCCAGGGGGCAAGACACGGCGUUAGCCAGAAGGAAACAAACCAACAAGAACCCCCAGAAGCCAUCAGGAAAGCCUGGAGAUUCCGAUGACACGAAAACUAAAAUCCCCUGUGUGACCAAGCACAACCCGCAAACCGCACAGUCAAGAGACAAGUGAUAACAUGGGGAAAAAAUAGUAGCAAGAGGUGACUAAGGGCUCGCGUCAGUCACACACACACACACACACACACAGAGCUGGACACACGGACAAGGCAAAGUGCAAGGACAAGAGAGCAAAAGGGGGCGGAGGAGAGGAAGGAAGAGGGAAGGAAGCGUCUUCUCCACCGGGACGCAAUUCCUUGGGAGUCCGUCUGACCCCAGGGCAAAGGGAUGCUGGGUCGCCAGAGCCGCCGCGGAGACGGGAAGUCCCGCCAGGCCUCGGAGCCCAGCAAAGAGGAACCAGGGCGGACGGGCCAAACCCAGCGGCCGGCUCCGGGGGUGGGUGGUGGCGCUGUGGGGAGCCGCCUGAGCAGCAUCACCAGCAGCUGGGAACCCUCCCGGUGCGGGAAGGUUGGCGGGAGACAGGCCAGGAAGCGCCCCAGCCCACGACCGCCCGCAGCAGAGCAGGAUUCCCUCCCCGGCGGCCACCGCUGUCAAGGGACGGGCAAGACUUUGUUACCCCACCGCGCGCCACCGCGGAACGCUGCACAGACACCUCCAGACGCCGCUUCCUCCAGGACGCCCGCCCGCCCGCUCUGCCCACCUAUCCCUGGACGCUCGCUGCCGGGUGGACGGGUGGGGACGACCCUGCUUCCCCACGACUCCCCAGACGCGCCCCGAGGCACUUUCGGAGCACAGUGGAGUGGGAAGGGCGGGGCGGCCCCUCGACGGCGCCCAGGCGAGAGCGGCUCACGGGGCUUCCCGGGCCCUAAUCUCGGGGGACGCCCGUCCGCCUCGUCCCCUGGGGAGGACAGUGACCGCCGGUCUGCACGGGAAGGGGACUCGGCGCAUGCCCCGCAGGCCCGGCCCAGGACUGGGAGGCUCGGAAGGCGACGCCGAGGCGGCGGCGGCGGCGGGGUGGGGCGGGGCGGGGCGUGGAGGGACAGACCUAGUCUCCGCCCGCCGGGGCCCAAAGCUACCUCGCUCCCAACCUCCGCCUCGGUCGCUCCCCGUGGGCUCCAGGCGCCCACAGGAAGCUCCGCCCCCGACCCGCCUAUCCAUCCUCCUCUUCGCCUGUCCUCGCCAAUGACCGUGCUCAGAUUGCACGGAAUUCCCGCCCCUCGCCCUUGACGGACG